GUUGGCACAGGCCUGGCUGUGAGACAACUCGACGGUUUAUAAGGGUCCGGUGGAAGCAGUACCCGCGGGAGGAGAACACUGCAGGUGGAUGUACCAUGAUGGUGUAAACGUGGGUGGAGCAGCAAUGAGUGACGGUGGGGUGGCAGUUACCCUACCCUCCCGGAUACUCCGCUGUAGGACUGCCGUGGGGGUGCUGGGAGAAGACUGGAAGGAGUUUAGUGCGGUAGACUGGGCGACCGAGAACAGGGUUCGAUUCCGACCUGUGUCAUGCGCCGAUGGUGGUCGGAAACGGUCUCAGCUCAUGCUGACGAAGCUCGAUGGGGGGAGACGCCAUAACCCCCACGCCGGCCUAGCCCGACACAUUGACCAGCUACAUGGAAAGAAGCCGGUGUGCGCUGUCCAGACGCUUUUGAAGGAACCUACCCCCGACAAAACCUUGGCUCCGUCCAUGUACACGACCCAGUUCGAAUACCGGAAACCACCGGAGCCGAGGCUCGUCAUCUUCCGGCGAGACAGAGAGAAGAAAGCCAUUGGAAUAGUGCCCAAAAACAACAUCACAUCUCGGACCGACAUUCGUGAAGAAAUGAUGCUACCAGUAUGCGAGUCGUUAGAGAUGCCCAGCAUGGAGAACCCCCACACCUAUUUCCCAAGGCGGAUGCGGGUCAGGACUCCCUAUCAAGAGGAGGGCGUGUUUUACAGCGAAUCUCAGUGCGCCAAAGUAUGUAGCGCCCCUACCGGCGGGAUGAGGAUCGGCAUCACCAACCUCACGGGCAAAGACUUCACUCGGAGGCGAUUCGUGGCGCCACCUAGAAACACAUUAACUGUCAAAGGGUUCGACGGCGGCCUCCCUCCAACAGACAAUGCAACCUUCCAGUCAGAGAUGAUGCCCUUCAUGAGAGCAAAGACCAUUAUAUGAAUCUCAGGGGUGUUGGGUGGGUGGUAGAGCGUAAAGGGACUUCUUUGUAGUCGUUGACUAAUAAUUACGUUUGUUUUUCAAAAUUUAUAUUUUGUCUCUGUCCGUACGCCCUGACUGUGGCCCUGCUAUUUAAGUGUUCCAUAAGAAUGCGUAUUUGUAACUGAUGCAUGUUCUUGAUAUAUGCGUGAAGUUUACGGCGAGUUGUAACGUACUCAUCUUCGUAACGUAAGUGCGUGUUCAUCGUAUGUGUGUGCUUAAAGUGUGUGCGUAACUGUGUGUUAGUGUGUGUUGGCGCGCGCGUGUUUGUAAGUUGUGCGUACCGUAUGUAUCUUCGUAACGUAUGUGCGUGUUCAACGUAUGUGUGUGCUUAAAGUGUGUGCGUAACGUGUGUGUUAGUGUGUGUUGGCGCGCGGGUGUUUGUAAAUUGUGCGUAACGUAUGUAUCGUUACGUAUGUAUCUUUGUAACGUGUGCCAAAGAUUGUAUCUGUCUGUGCGUGUGCGUGUGCGUGUGCGUGUGCGUACUAGUACGACGUAUAUAUGUGAUAUGUGUAAUUAAACCAAAGGUUUAGGCCCUGACAGGUUCAGGGUGGGCUGGGUCAGAUUGUACAUAUGUAUAUUUUACAUUGUCUUAUUUAUUAUAAUUUAUCUUCAAAUGCAUGGACACCGUCUGUCUGUUUACAAGCGCCUUGAUUUCGUUUGAUGGACAUUGACAGAUGCUCCAGUUGUUUCUGGAGCCAAAAGGAUGAUAACAGUAGUUACUGUUUGUGUUAAUCAAGCUUUUCUAGUGAGUCAUGUCUGCAAAUACGUGUGCGAAUUAACACACCUCUCUGACAGUGUCAACCACGCCACGUGGUCGACUAGAUAGCUUUUCAAAUUCUCCCCCUGAAUGAUUUUCUUCGUAGAAUUAUAAGCACGUGUUUAACUGAAAUAACUGGCAAAAGAUAGUAUACAUCUGUCAAUUUUAUUCCAUAAAAAAAUCGAACGUUAUUCCCGAAACACCUUAACGUAGUGUUCAAACAACUGUGGUGUCCGUUCAGAACACAACCCCCGUAAAUAUCCAUUUGUAUUAAACGGGACACGAUGUUUCCAAAUAUCGCAGCGUGUUUUCAAGUAUUUGCGGGUUUUUUUUCGAAAAAUGACCCCCAAAGUGUCAGAUGUAUACUUUCUUUUGCACGUCAGUUUAGCUCGGAUGGCCCUUUUCAGUUUGCUUCAGUUUAGUCCCAAGGAAACAUGUCUGUACACACUUUCCUGUAUUUGAAUCCUUUCGUUUCGAAACAAGUGUGUUGACUGAGACGUUGUGUUGUGAUAUUCCAAAUCAUUUAGUUCCUUGCAGCUCUGUGCUGUUGAACACAUUAAAGACGAGUCUGUAGUA